AAAAUCACAGUUAUCAUUACCGCACAGCAGGGGACAGACCCCACGGUUACUCACAUCCUGUUUCUCUACCAUUCUUCUGCAGACAAGAGUCAAAGCAAAUCAGAGUAUACUUGCAGAGGCUCAGAAUCCAGGAAUGUCAGAUCUUUCAUUUUUAAAAGGAAAAUAGCCCAUAAAGAUCUGCUGGCGGAGCUCUACCAGUACACACCGUCUAACAGCCCUGCACCAAACAGGCUUCCAAACGGGGUGAACUUCUGUGACAUGGUGGGCAACGUGGUCCGGGCUGAGAGAAACCCCCUUAGUGGCAAGUCUUUCUGUUCAGAUAGAGAAUUAGAGAGGUUUCUCUCUUCUCCUUCUCCAAGAGCCAUAUGGCUGGAUAGCUUCUGGUGGAUCUUUCAUGAGAGGUACCAGCCCAACAAGGAGAUCCAGAAUAAGCUGUUUGACCGGAUAGCCCAAAACUACGCCUUUCUCUUGUUGAAUGAAUCCAAGUCCCACUAUGAAGAGGCGCUCUUAAAAAAGUUGCCAACGCUGCUGAGUAAAGCUGUGUACACCAGCUUCUGUUGCUGCUUCCCGCAAUCCUGGUUCAACACGCACGAAUUCAAAUCGAGCAUCUGUAACACGAUGAGCCUGUGGAUUUCAGGUAUCUACCCUUGCCUACAGAGCUAUAACAGCUGGGACUAUUCAGAACUGGAUCCAGAGAGAUUCCGCAGAGAAAAAUUAAUUUUGCAAAGAAGACUGUUAAAGAAAAGAGAGUUUUCUUUGUUCACUUCUAAGAGAUGUAUCUCCCAGGGGCCUCGCCAGAACAAGAAAGUUCUCUGCCCUAAGACUCUGGUCUUGAGGAAAGCUGCAAAACUAGUCAAGAGGAUAUCAGAAGCAAGAGAACUUGAGAAUAUGCUUCCCAAGCAGUCUCACCCAGCCUGCAAAAGCCCUGAGCUGAUUUCAAACUUCUUCAACCUUUAUGGGAAGAGCCCUCUGAUUGUGUACUUCCUCCAGAAUUACGCCUGUCUGCAGCAUUGUGGCAAAGACGUGUUGAUAGUCAGGAGGGAAAGAACCAAGAGCAUCCCUGAGUCCGUCCUGACGUAUGCUGAGGUCAUCAACCUGACCCUGAGCAACAUGAAGAAGCGGAGGGACAACCUCCACCAACUGAGCUGGCUCCACAGGAAUGAAUGGAAUUAUUUUGAUGAGUACCUAAAGGGACUGCAAGAAAACUUCCUCAGGUAUUUAAGGGGCAUUAGGGAAGGGGCAUUAUCUUAG